GAAGUGUUUUUCAAUGUUGCUCACAAGACGCGGAUAGAUUUUAUUUAGCUAGUCAUUACCGAGCAAUACAUUGCCCACGUUAUUUAUUUUAGCAUGAGCAGAUAGUUUAUUCAUACGAUACCUUAUUAAUUCAUGAUAAAUAGACGCAAAACCUAGCAUGAAACGGAAGCUAAGUUAACAAGCUGGCUAUCUUACGAGCCAGACCAAUAAACAACCCUGGAUCGACAGUCUGUAGUGUAGGAUCAAUGCGUUGUUUGACCCUGGAGUUGGUCUGUUUGACGUGUAGAAAAUCGACGAGUCCGGCUGAAAAUGGGUGCAUUUUAUUGUGCGAUUUGUAGGCAAACAUCGUUUUCUGGAAAAGCGCACAUCUUCGGAAAAAGUCACCAGAGCAAACUCAAAGUGGUCCUUGUGAAAUUCCUUGAGAAGGUGAAAGAGGCCCGUCGAACGAUAAAAACUCCCCAGGUGGAGAAGUAUGACUGCACUCAGCACCAGCGCAGAUUUUGGUGUUACUGCUGUGGGGUCGAAGUAGAGCGAGACGUCACCGAUGGCAACCUCACCGUGCUGUUCGGAGGCUUGCUGGAACACAUGGCCACGCCUGAGCACAGGAAGGGCACCCAUGCAUUCUGGUGGGAGAACAAAGCUGACCCCAAACUGAAGGGCAAGUUUAUAGUCACAGAAGAGGAAAGUGAAAGGUUUAAAACAGAGGUGGCCAAAGCAUUGGAGUCAUUUGAAGAGAAAGAGGAUGAGCUUAUCAAGCAGCAAGCCACUCUUAUCCGAGCCAGGGAGCAGCAUCGCCAGGAGGUCCUCCAGUCCCUCACAGAGCCUGAGACAGAGCUGGAGCCAUCAAACUCACAGGACCCAUGCAGCUCAGUGGAGGAGCCUUCCAGCUCUCACGUUAGGACUCCUGGAUCCAAUGAGCAAGCUGGGCAUGGCCGUGUUGACCGAAUGGUGGCAACACAGUGGGCGGGGCCUGGAAAAGGCCUGACCUUCAUUGGCUACCAGGAUCUUUCUAACAGUGGAAACGUUCAUACAGGAGCUAUUCCUCCAUGGCUACAGGAGGAGCCCCAGGAAGGUGGCUCCAGGGCAACAGAGCAGGAGAUCGGCCCAUCGCUCCAGGACUUCCUCAAACAGAAGGAGCAGGAGAAGCUGAAGAAACUUCCCCCUAAUCGGGUGGGGGCUAACUUUGACCACAGCUCCCAGACCGACGCUAACUGGCUGCCUUCAUUUGGCCGUGUGUGGAACAGCGGACGGCGCUGGCAGUCCAGGCAUCAGUUCAGAGAGGAAGAGGGACAAACCAACAAAAGAAAGAGAAAGAGGGAUCACAGGUCUGAUGAAACGAAGAAACCUACAUUGACAAAUAAUGAACACAAUUGAUUUGUAUUGUAAAUAUAGAAUGUAUUGUACUUAGAGAAAUUGUAUCAUUUAAUGGCUUGAGUGGUUUAAUGAAAAUAAACUAUUGGUUUGGAAAUGCUUUUAUUUCAGAUGUUAAAAAAUUAACAUGACUGAUACUAUAGCUGGUGUUGUAGGGCUGAGUUUUAGUGACUGCAUCUGGUUACAACACCAGCUGUAGUAUCAGCCAGAUGCUAUUUCUUUUUUACCUGCAGUUGGAUGCUGUGACCGCUUAUAAUUUAACAGACUUAUAUAUAUAUAUAUUCUGGAAGUACGCUCAAUGAUAUCAGUGUUGUCCUCUAUCUGGAAAUAUCCAACUUAUUUCAUAACAGGAUCAUAUUAGCAGUCAUUUGGAAAAAAGACAACUGUUACAGGAAUGGAAUUUAAUCAUUUUAAUAGACUUGAUCUGUAAAU